AUGUCUCCAAUUUCAACUUGUGCCAAGAUGCCCGCUGCUCUAACAGCUAAUACUACUCCCACAAAGAAUGGCUUUAAAGAUCAUGGAUGUGAGUUGGUCCGGUUAACUGACCGUGACAUCAUUGAGUUCACCAGGCACAAAAACAGUCAAGCUUGGAAAGGCGCAUUGUCGGCAGCAGACUAUGUCUUGCGUGAGACUGUAUUGAGCAAAUCUCAAAUGAUCUCUAGCCACCCAGGCUCUUUGCUUGUGUUCUUAUUGAGAUCAAAAAAAGAUCAAACUCCGUUUUGCUCGAUUGAGUUAUUGGUGCGUGAAGCAUGGAAGUACCAUCUUUCAAAGGAUGAGAAAACUGUCCAGAGAAAGGAUAUUUUGAGUGGUUGCAUUGGUGGAGUGUAUACACACCCAGAACACCGAGGGAAUGGGUAUCCAAGAAUUAUGGUUGACGAAUUAAAAAAAUAUGUUGAGCAAAACAAUGUAUUGGGAAAAGAUGGGUUUUUGUUUCUUUACUCAGAAAUUGGCGAAUACUAUGCCAAAAACGGGUUUAAAUCUUUUGGUGUUGACUUGAUAAAGAUUUCUUUAGACAAUGUCACCGGCUGUGAUGAACCAACAAGAAAAGAUACUGAUCUCAACUCCGAUAUUACGACCACCACCAACACAACCACCACCACCACCACCACCACUACUACUACUACUACUACUACUGCUACCACCGCCGAAUUUAUCAAGUACCACAAUUUUGAAGCAUUAAUGGGAUUAUACGAGACAAAAUUGGAUAAUGAGAUCAGGUCUCAGGUCAUGGCCGAUGGGAAAGCAAGAGUCACUGUUGUUCCUUCUUCCAAUAUAAUCGACUGGUUUCAUCUUCGUGCAAAAUUCGUCACCUACAAACUAUUUCCGCCAUUCAAAUCAUCUUUGUCUUUGUCAGAAUCUCAAUUGGAUUUUGCAACAGAAUCCUAUGAUACAAUUAGAUCUGCACUAGAACAUACUCAGCCUUACACUUUUGGUAUCCAAUUGAAGAACACCAACAAUGAGAUUAUUGGUUUUGCAAUUUGGACCAUUGAUUGGACAAAUGCAGAGUCCAACAAGGCUACUUUACUCAAAGCAGUUUCUUUCGACAAUGAUCCCACCAUAGUUGAGAAAUUGAUUACAUCAACAUUGCGUCAUUUGAAAACAAACAAGAUCCAUGGUGUUGCUACUAAAGACUGUACUAUUUGGGAGUCCGAGAUUGCUAAAGAGGUGAAGAAUUACCUUGUGAAAACGUUUGAUGCGCAAACAGGCAUUGAGAACGGUUCAAGAUCUGCUGGUUUGAUGAUUGAUGAAGAAGAAGAUGCUUUGCUUAAACUGGGAGACCUUUUAUGGGAAGAGAAUACUAAGCUACCAUGGUUUUAA